AUGGAUGUUCAAGUUGGACCCAGCUCAACCGCCUUUGCGCUUUCCGGAUUCCCAUAUAACCCACAGCAAUUGCAGGCCAAUCCUAGAGCUAUGCAGUUCCCCGCUACCGCAGCUACUACUCCCGCCAUUCCAGGCGCUUCCAUCAACGGGGCUUCCAUCAAUGGGAACUAUUUUCCCUUCCCCAAUUCCAGUUCUAACCCCAGCUCCAACACCUAUGAACCCUCUACCUCCGAUUUGUUGCAACAACACAGUCCAAAUCCAAAUAACCAGCAGCACUUAAAUGUCGGAGAAGGAACGCGCAUGAUGCGCAAGAGGAAAGCUGAGUCUCAGGACAAUGAGAGACUAUCUAAGCGAUUAAGUCUUCUCAACCUCGAACAAAAUGGCCAGAAACUCUACGUCCCGGUCGAGAGCCCCAAGCUCAGGCCGACCGAAUGCAAUAUACUAAAGCAGAUUCCCGAGAAUGACAGCAUGCAGCUCGACGACUCGAAGCACAAGGUGUACAUAUAUAAUCUGGACGACGAGCUCUCGGAUGCCGAAUCCGAUACCGACGGCCGCCUUAUCUUUAUACCCGACAUAGAGAAGCAUCUCAUGCAGACCCGCAUCCCACCCUCAGUACUAGCUAGCAAGGACGGCGAAUUUGCUGGAAUGCAAUUGGUGUUAUACCGGGAGCCAACAUCAUUAACUAUACCUGAGGAGCAAGACAACGUGAGGAGAGCCAUCAUAGAAGCGAGACAGAGGGCCAGGGACAAGCAAAAGGAGAAGAGUGAACAAUCUACACCCCCGUCGAAUCCCCCGGCUUCCUUGUCAGUACCAUCAUCCACAGCACCUGAUCCAUCCCCGUUCAACGAAUAUGCGCCGUUUAGUUUGAAUGGAUUUGCGAACCAUAAUGGAGCCGGGCUUGCACCGGUCGACGACCCAGAUGCGAUGGAGAUGGACUGA